AUGGGAUUCUACGUGCGUGACCACACCGAUGUUGUCAUGCUCUAUAUGAGAAUUCAGCCUCUGACCAUCACACUGUCGCCGAAAUCAAAUGUACGAGAAGGCGAUUCGAUAUUAGUGACCUGCACCUUAGAGGUUGCGACGGGAGACCAGUCGCAGCUGAAUGAGAUGAUCGUCUCAAAUGGUUACAAGGAGAUAGGAAGAAAUACGAGGCAACCGACGAGCAAAACUCUAAAGUAUAACGUUAUAGUCCAGGCAAAAGCUAACAAUAUUGACGGACCCAUUUUCAAAUGUCUGUGGAAUUUUAAAGGUACCAAGGUGUGGGGUACUGAAGGGGUUUUUAUAAAGUAUUCUGAAGAGGCCUCGAUCACUUUUAGUGACAGUCCCGACCCAAAUCCCAACGUAAAAGAACAAACAACAACGAACGAGGAAGUAACGCAAGACGGUGAAAAUGAAAAACCCAAACCUGCUUUGAGUAAGAAACGAUCGAUAAUGAUUGCAUUGGCAUGUUUAUUUCUCCUGGCAUUCCUUUCCAUGGGAUCUUUUUACCUGCUACAAAAUAAAGGUAUAACGAUAUCUCAAGCUUUUGGUUUGUCAAGCGGUUCAAAAGAAGAUCAAAAAACAGCACAAAUGCCUGUAGGUCAACAUCACAGUACGGGCAAGCAUUCAAAAAGAACAAGGAAAGGCCAACGACCUAAACUGAGAAGAAUUAAAUCUGUUAAAUCUUCAAAAAUAUCCUAUCGUGGCUCCACUUCACGCAUCUGA